AUGAUCGCCCAUCAAUACAAUGGUCUACCAUGGUCCCAGCGGGGGUUGCAAGGCGUGCAGGACUCGCCGUGUCAAGUGCGACCAAACCCGACCAUCCUGCAACAACUGUACGCGCCGGCAUCACAGCUGUCCAGGGUGAUACUACGGCGGGUCGAGAAACAGAAUACUCUACGAGACUCAACCUCCAGCAGUGACAGUACGAGCAGCAAUAGCCCAAGCAACGACAGCCCCGCAGAAUCAUCGUUGUCAAGCGGCAGCGGCAGCGGCAGCAGUUCACUCACACCGCCAUCAAGGGGUCCUAAGAAACCACUGCAAUGGGUCAUCUAUUCCGCGCCUUCGCAGACCGACGAAUCUCUGCGUGACAGCCAACUGUCCACGAAUGAGCUUGCAGCAGACAGAGCCUUGCAGACACGCCAUUCUCAAAGAGACACGAGACCUUCUAUCGGCAUUAUGCUGAAGCCAGACUCGGAAGAAGCGGCGACAUGCUUCUUCUUCCACCACUACACUGGUAGUAUCUACGACGAGAACAUCCACAAUGGGUUCGCGACGAUGUGGAAGCCACAGUUCGUCCGGGCGGGCCUGGACUCUCCUCUGAGGCUCGUCACCUCAGCGUUCACCGUCAACAUCACCAUGAUGUGGUGCCUGCAAGGCUGCGACACGCGGCCUGCGCGGAAGCUCAUGACCAAAGCGCUGACGGCCACACGUAAAGCCAUCCAGGACCCGACACCGAACAAAAUGGACGAGUUGCUCAUGACGAUCCUCAUUUUUGACCUGUACGACUCGAUGGUGCAGCACUACAUCCCCCUCCCAGUGACAUCCGGCAAGCACAAAGAAGGCGCCCUGGCACUUGCUCAGAUCCGGGGCAAGACCAACUACGACAACCCGAUCAGCGCCGGCCUCGCCAAGGCGACGCGGAGCACGCUGCUCUUGCACGCUCUACGCACGCGGACCCGGCUGAUACCAGGCGCGGAAAAGCUCUUCGAGGACUCUUUGCUCCCGAUCAACAAGGGGUCGGAGCUCGAAUUGAUCGUCGUCCGGAUCGUCAAUCUCCAAGCUCGCCAGUGGGAACUCAGGACGAGUCAACCCGGGCAACAACAAGGCCAACGGCGCCGGCGGCCAUGCGACGACCGGCACGUCUACUACAAGUACGAGGCCAUCAUACGCGAGGCGAUCGCUCUGGACGACCAGCUCGUCGAAUGGCGGCAGUCCGUGACCGACCCGAACUGGCUGCCGCAGUACGUGCACCGCGACGAGGUGGCGCCGUCGAUCCGCGCUGCGGGAUUCUACGGCGACCGGUGCACCGUGUGGCAGGAGCUGAUCUUCGCCGAGAUAGCAAACUACUACGCGCAAAGCAGGCUGGCCAACCUGCAGAUCAUCCGACAGGCGUUCGCGGACGCGCCGUCGCCGGAGGAGGCGCAAGAGGGCGGCGUCUCCGCGACGGCCGCGGAGAGGGAGAAGGAGAUGCGGCAGAUCCUUCUCACGACCAACGCGACCGUGCAGCGCGUCGUCGACGCCGUCUGCGACAGCGUGCCCUGCCACCUCGGCGACACGACCGUGCUGACCAACCCGCUGUACAGCGACCAAAUGAACGUCCCCUUCAAGACCGUCAAGAACCCAGCGACCCGCACCGUCACCACCGUUCCGGCCGACCUCCCUCUGUACAAGUCCCGCGCCGCCGCGUCCGGCGGCUGGGUCCUGUUCCCGUACGUGUGCGGCGUCCUACGGCUCGCCGAGCCCGAGGACGACGCGGUCCCCAUCGUCCUGCGGGACGGCCAACUCGACUGGAUCAAAGGCCAAGUCAAGCGCAUGCAAAAAACCUUUCUAUACUGUGAUCCUGUGUGGUGA